CCCUCUCAGCUGAAGUUCUUCGGGUUUUCCAUCAGGUCCAUCUCACUUCGACUUUGAGGUUGUUGAUCAACCUUGACACGGUCGUGGAGUGCCCUGUCUCGCCCUUCUACUACACACACGCCCCAUUGUUUGUUUACUUUCGGACGCGCCUUCACACUUCACACCUUUGUUUCCUCUUGAGACCCCGUCAGUUCGUCCGUCACAAUGCCGCCCAGACGAGCAAAGAAGGAAGCGGCUGCCCCAGCCAAACUUCCGCUUGAAGACUGUCGCAUUGUCUUUAGCGGCACCUUUGUUGGCGGUCAAGACCAACACAAGAAAACAGCAGAGUCCCUCGGAGCAAACACCACCGGGACUACCAUCGUGCAGAGCGUCACCCAUGUAAUCUACUCGGACAAGAGCGCCGACAAGAUAAGCGCCAAAGUCAAGCAGGCACACGGAAUGAGCAUCCCCGUUGUCAGCAUCGACUGGCUGCUGAAGACCAAAGAGACCAACGCCCGACAGCCCGAGAAGGACUACGCUCUGGACUUGUCCUCUUUGGAUGCCGCAAGCGACGCUUCCGUGGCUGACGCAGAUACUGCCUCCCAGACCGACGGCGAUGACACCAGAGGCACCAAGAGAAAGAGAUCGCCGUCGCCAGCGCAGGAUGGCGCCAAGGCUGAUGGUGAGGAGGAGGACACUCUGAAAAGGUCCAAACUCGAAACCAAAAGGGCCAUGGGCGAGGGUCAAAUCUUGAAAGACAAGACUGUGCAGAUCCCUGUGGACGCCGGCGCUCCAUAUGGCUACGCCGUUCAUGUUGAUCCUGAUGGUGUUAUUUACGACGCAUCAUUGAACUUGACCAAUUCCACUGGCAACAACAACAAGUUCUAUCGUCUUCAGCUUCUGACGCAGCAGAACGGCCGGUGCGCUGUCUGGACGCGCUGGGGGCGUGUCGGAGAAUCCGGCCAGCACGCGCUCAUCGACUGCCCGUCUCUCCAAGAUGCCCUGCAAACUUUUGAAAAGAAGUUCAAGGACAAGUCCGGAUUGCUCUGGAGCAACCGAGGUGAUAACCCCAAGCCCAAGAAGUACGCCUUUGUCGAGGUGAACUAUAAGGAUGAAUCCGAUGACGAAGAGGAAGCUGAGGGCGGCGCGGCCACGAAAGAAGAGAAAGAGGACCAGAAGCCUCCCAAAUGCACACUCCACCCUUCAGUGGCUAAGCUCAUGGAACUCAUCUUCAACCAGCAGUUAAUGGACAACACCAUGGCGGCACUUAAGUACGAUCGCAACAAGUUACCAUUGGGAAAGCUCAGCAAGGCCACUAUCAUGCGCGGCUUCCAGGCGCUUAAGAAUCUUUCUGAGUUGUUCGCCGACCCCACCAAAGCCUCCCAGUAUGGUCUACCGUACCAGCAAGCGGUCGAGCACUUAUCAAACACCUAUUACUCCGUGAUUCCGCACGCGUUCGGUCGUGACCGACCACCUGUCAUUGCGGCCGACGAGCAGCUGAGGCAGGAAAUCGAGCUGCUUGAGAACUUGAGCGAUAUGAAGGAAGCUAGCAACAUCAUGAGAAUCGACAAGACUCAGUUCGAUGUGCAUCCCCUGGACAGACAGUACCAAGGACUCAAGAUGCAGGAGAUGACGCCUUUGGAUCGGGCUUCCACCGAGUUUGCCCAACUGGCAGACUACCUGGUCGAGACACGGGGUAAUACUCACGGUCUCAACUACCAAGUGGAGGAGAUAUUCCGUAUCGAGCGCCAGGGCGAGUUCGACCGGUUCGACCAGAGUGACUAUGCCGACGGCAAGAUGAAGCUCAAGAAGAAUCGCAAGCUUUUGUGGCACGGCUCCCGCUCCACCAAUUUCGGCGGUAUUCUCAGCCAGGGUCUCCGCAUCGCGCCGCCGGAAGCGCCCGUCAAUGGCUACAUGUUUGGCAAGGGCGUCUAUCUGGCGGAUAUGUCCAGUAAAUCGGCCGGCUACUGCUGUGCAUAUCUCUCCAAUGGCACGGCACUCCUCUUGCUUUGCGAGGCUGAGCUUGGCGACCCCAUCCAGGAGUUGACUGGUGCCGAUUACAAUGCUGGAGAGCACGCCAAGCAGAACGGGAUGCUUUCCACGUGGGGUAAGGGAGGAACUGGCCCGUUGAAGUGGAAGGAUGCUGGCGUUGUGAACCCGGCACUGCAGGGGGUGAUGAUGCCCGACACCUCGGUCAAACCAGGCAACACAAACGUCCCAGGCUGUUCUCUGUUGUACAACGAGUACAUUGCGUAUGAUGUUGCCCAGAUUCGUCUGAGAUAUCUUUUCCGUGUCAAGAUAGCUUAAUCCCCUCUCGUUUCUUUAUCGUCGAUCUGGGUUGGGUUGGGGUAUUGCGCGGAGUUUCGGAGUUGAAUGGAGGAGAUGGAAAAGUUGGUCUUUCGUACCUUGGUUGGGGUCCCUUGUGGGUUUCAUUGCUCUUUGUUGUCAUUGCCUGGUUACCUCUAAGGAUUUACGAGAUUAAUGUACUUUACAAACUGGGUCCUGCGAUGUCUGCAAGAUGCUUUUCGAGGAAUAAGCACCAGACCUCUUGAAAAGUGCUUGCUACGAGCUAUUCGGUUCGGUAUAUAGAGCAAAUAUACGCCUUUUCUCAG